UCGACGACGAGACGGCCAAGUUUCACGAUUACACCGUUCGGUCGGCGGGAAUGAUCUUCACGCCGGACGCGCAUCAACUCACGACACCGCGCUCUCGGUUGAUCCAUGGUAGACGGACGAACGUGCGCAACGUCGAGCUCGGUAAGAAGUAUCCCGCGCGCGACGCUUUUCGCUUCUCUUCGUCGUCCCCGGACGAAGCCGUCGCGAUCCUCGCCGAAGUCAUGCGCGCCGCGACGCCGCAAGUCAUGACCAAGGCGCAAACCUAAACGCUAAAAUGUAGUCACUAAAAGAGAAACAUACGCGUUCGAGCGACUCAUGCGUCGUAAACCACGAUGGCGCGCGCCGCGCCGCCGCCGCGUUCGCGCACGAUGGUCGUCGUCGCGGGCGCGUCGACGCCGCUCCAUCGAGCGAGCGUCGACUCGUCGAUGGCGUGUUGCUUGUGCGAGCACGUCGAUCCGCACUCCGGCCAUCUGUACGGCACCGACACGACGGACACACGGCACAGCUCGAACAUGCGACGCACGAAAUCGCUCGCGGCGUCGAAAUCCAAGUGUUCCAAGACUUGCAUGCAGAGACACAAAUCGUACGACGGCGCGAGGCUCGCGUUGGCGAAAUCCCCCACGACGUACCGCACGUCGUCCGUCGCGUCGAUCGAGUCGUCGCCCGCCGUCGUCUUGUACCCGGCGUAAUACGGUGCGACGCACGUCUUAUCGCGAAUCCAAGAGAGGUGUCGCGCGAACGCCGGUUUCACGCACCCGAUUUCGAGCGCGCUCUGCGCGCGCGGCGACGACGACAACGCGGCCCCGAGCGCGGCGUCGUAAUAUCGCAGUCCCUCGCGCGCCGUUCCCACCGGCCCGAGCGCGCCGAACGCGAACGGCACCCGCGCGCGCUCGACGACGUCCACCGUUUCGCGCCUCGAACACCGGACGAACGCCGCCGCCGCGACGCACGCCGCCACCGCCGCCGCCGCCGCGCGCCGCAUCGCCGCCGCGCGCGCGCCCGCGCGACGGAAUAUUUUCUCCAGCGCGCGCGCCUCGCGUUUCGUCCUCUCGCGCCCGCGCGCGCGCGGGACCGCGCCUCGAAACGUGAAAAAUGUGAAACGUCACAGUGCCCAGCGGUCGCCGAGGCGUCGGUCACACGAUCGCGCGUCGACCGUGGAUUCGCGUCGGUCCUCGCCGCGCGCGCGUCGACGCUCGAGGAUGCUCAAGACGAUGUUCCUGAACGAUAAGAGCGACCGCUUGGCGUACAAAAUCGUCGAUCACGCGUGCAAAUCGGGCGCGAGACGAACGGUCGAUGACGCGCUGGAGAUUAAUCUGCGGCUGUGCGACUGCGUGAACGAUGAUUUCGUCGCGCACGGGAAGGAUUGCGUCAAGGCGCUGCGGGCAAAGCUGACGGCGCCGACGAAGGGACGGGCGGUGAUGGACGCGGACGCGACGCUCAAGGCGCUGUUCGCGCUGGAGAUGUGCAUGAAGAACUGCGGAGGACGGUUUCACGCGAUGGCGGUGGCGAAGGAGGUGCCGGAGACGAUGGUGCGGUUGUGCGAGAGAGCGCCGAAUUUGGAGGUUCGCGACAAGACCUUGGCGUUGGUUCACGAGUGGGCGGUAAAUUUGAGGCGAGAGCCCGCGUUCGCGGGGGCGUUUCAUCAGUUGCGCGCGCGUGGGUUUCAGUUUCCCGAGGUUGAGCGACGGUCGGUGGCGCGGGGGGCGACGUCGUCGGCGGCUCGCGAGGACUGGAACGGCGGCGGCGACUGGUCGAAGAGAGAAGAUAUCUCCGAGGAGGAUCGAGCCGCGAUCGCGCGCGCGCUCGAGGAAGACGAAGAAGAAGCAAUGACACCGGUGCAGCGUCAAAGACACGGGAUUUACCCUGGGAACAUCGCCAUGGGUACGCCCGUGCGAGCGCCGCAUCUGAGCUCGCCGCACGCCUCGGGACGACUCGCGGACCGCGCUGAGAGCGAAUUACAGAGAGCGCUUCGCGAAAGCGAGCGCACAGCCGCUGCCGAGGCAUCUCGCGCCACGACAUCCGUGUCGACGACGUACAAUUCGCAAGACGUAGAAAAAUUGAAGGGCGACAUCGCCGUCGCGACGAAUUCGCUCAAGGUGUUCACGCAAGUCCUCGACGGCUGCGUCGCCCUUCGCCCGCCGUCUCCGUCUAGUUUAGCGAACGAGCUCUCGGAGCAGUGCCGCGCGAUGCAGCCACGUCUGAUCGAGCUUAUCUCGAACGCCGAAGACGAGGGCUUGCUCGCGAGCGCCAUACAUUUGAACGACGAGUUGACCAAGGAGAUGGAACGAUACGAUUUGCUCGUGAAAGCCGCGGCGGGCGACGUCGCAUCGCGGGCUCGACUCGCCGCGCCAGUGGCCGCGACGCGAACGCACACGGCGGAAAGUUUACUGAGCGAACUCGACGACGUCAUGCGAGCGUCCACCGCCGCCACGACGACGAGCCAAAGCUCCGCGAACCCUUUCGGCGACGUCUUGCCGACGGCUUCCAUCGCCGGACCGUCGUCGUCGUCGUCCAAUCCAUUUGCCGCCGGUCCCACCCCGCCGCGUCCGAUCGUUCACUUCCCGUCGACGACGUCACCGUCGCCGCCUCCGAUGCAGACCAACCCGAUGUUCGCCGACGAGCGGUAUCGACCGGCCAGACCGCUCCCGGAGGGCAUGCGACCGAUGAAUCCCGCCGCGUUCGCGCGCGACUCCGUCUCGCCGCCGACGCCCUCUCGCGCCGCGCCCUCGCGAUCGCCCGCGAGCGAUCCUUUCGCAGAUUUGAGCCAAGCCGCCGCCUCGCGCGUGCGCUCGCCGUCGCGCAACCUUCCGCACGUUUAGCCCGUUCGCCGCCGACGCCUCGGCGCGUUUGAAAAAACUGUUGCAAAUCCAUCGA